AACAAAAGUUAAUCUUCCUGCCAAUCAAAACUAUUUUCCGCCCAAAUCAAGCUGCGCCAACGAACCGAAACGUUUGCCAAUGUGAUUAGCACUAUCGCAUUAUCAUUCCUUCUGGUAGUCGUCAUUAUUCAAAGUGCGAUUGUUCACCUGUACACGAGGCAAUUUAUCUCAUCACCAAAAGAUAAGGCUGAAAAAUGGCAAAUCCCGAAAGCGAGCGCACCCCGCUCAUUCCAGCGAUUCCUGCUGCCACUCCGGCACCGGGCACGCGUCAAUACGGUUCCACCAUUGUCGAUGCUGAUCAGAUCACUGCCGAUGAUACCCGCGAAACGAUGAGCAGCUUUGUGGUGAAUAACGUGGCCGGAGAGUCCGGCCGGAAGCUGCCGCAGUACAUUGCCGGACUGGCAGCGUCCGGUGGUGCCCUGGCUGCCGGUACCUUCCUCGGAUGGACCUCGCCGGCUGAAGGCCCUCUGGUGCAGAAUGCAGAAUAUGGCUUUCCCAUUACUACAGAGCAAUUCUCCUGGAUCGGAUCGAUGGCAAAUCUGGGUGCGGCGUUGAUGUGCUUCCCCAUCGGAAUCAUGAUGAAGAUGAUUGGCCGCAAGUGGGCCAUGUUGUCCAUGGUGCUUCCGCUACUACUCGGUUGGCUGUUGAUCAUCUUUGCAAACAACGUGGCCAUGUUGAUGGUUGGCCGAUUCUUCCUCGGCAUUGGCGGUGGAGCCUUCUGUAUCGCUGCUCCGACCUACACGGCUGAGAUUGCUCAAUCGUCGAUCCGUGGAACGCUGGGAACCUUCUUCCAACUGUUGGUGACGAUUGGUAUUCUGUUCGUUUACGGUGUCGGUGCCGCUGUCAACGUACAGGUGCUGAGCAUCAUUUGCGGCGUCAUUCCACUUGCGUUUGGACUGAUCUUUUUCUUCAUGCCGGAAAGCCCGCAUUACUUUAUUGAAAAGAACCGCUACGAUGACGCCUCCAAGUCUCUGAAAUGGCUCCGAGGCAGUCGCUACGACGAACGUGCUGAAAUUGAAGAUCUCAAAGAGGAGGAUGCCAAGAUGCGUGCCGAAAAGAUUACCUUUGCACAAAGCUUCCAACAGCGAGCGACCAUCCGGGCGCUGAUCAUCUCUCUCGGUCUGAUGUUCUUCCAACAGUUGUCCGGAAUCAACGCCGUCAUCUUCUACACCAACACAAUCUUCCGGGAAGCCAACACCGGACUGGAAGCCACCGAUGCCACCAUAAUCGUUGGUGUCAUCCAAGUCGUAGCAACCCUCCUGGCCACCUUCAUCGUCGACAAAACCGGUCGUCGAAUUCUGCUGAUGAUUUCGGACUUCUUCAUGGCCAUCUCCACUAUCCUCCUCGCCGUGUACUUCCAACUCAAGGAAGACGAUCCCGCUCAAGUGGAGAGUCUCGGUUGGCUCCCGGUUCUGGCCGUCUGCCUCUUCAUAGCGAUGUUCUCCAUCGGCUUCGGUCCCAUUCCGUGGCUCAUGGUCGGUGAACUGUUCGCCAACAACGUCAAGGCCUACGUCAGCCCCCUGGCCGGUGUGUUCAACUGGCUGCUCGCCUUCUUGGUAACGAAAAUCUUCAGCAACCUGCGCGAAGGCCUCGGCAAUGCUGGAGUCUUCUGGUUGUUCUCUGGCCUCUCGCUCCUUGGAACCGUUUUCGUGUUCUUCAUGGUGCCGGAAACCAAGGGUAUCUCCCUGCCGGAAAUCCAGCGGAUGCUGUCCGGUGAAAAGGUGCGACGAACCAGUGGCCACAGCAAUCCAGCCAUGGAGCAUGACGAGAAAACCGAUACGCAGUAGAACACGCAGUCCCGCGGUCGAGCUAUAUUUGUUGUAAAUAUUUUCCGUGUUGAGCCCAACUCUACUAGCUAAGCCGUUUGCUGGUUUGCAAUUUUUAUAUAAUAAUUAUUAUUAUUAACGAUAGUUAUUUAUCUAGUGAAAGCGAUACGGAUGGGUGCUCACUUUUUCCGAUAUCGGAAAUGUAUGGUCAUCAUCGACAUAUCAAACCGUAAACGUGAAUGAGUUUAACGAGCUAGUUUCAAAUUCAGGG